CUUCUUUUUUUUUCUGUCUCUCUUGUCUCGCUGUCUGCUCCUGAUUUGUGACAAGUUCCCUCUCCCCCCACACACACACCCCCCACCCCCCCCCACGACCCCCUUAUUUCCCCCCUUCUCGUCACCUCCACCAUCGCUCUGCGCUCCCAGUGCUUAACGGGGACUGUUCCAGUCCGGUCUCAGGCUCUUCUGCUGCUGCUCUUCACAUCUUCCGGAUCAACUGUGUCCCCGUCAGAGAGGGGGUUGCGAUUUGUGGGGGGAGACAAGGGGGGGAAGAGCAGAGCUUCGGAAGGUGCCCCUACUAUCACCAGAUCUAAUUGAGCGCCGUGCCCAACCUCCCGCCUGCGUGCUCUAUGACCUUUCAGAGGGAGCGACGCAGGACUCAGUGACAUGAAGAUGGAAGGAGCGGAGAAGACCGACUUCUCCUCCCAGGAUGGCCUGGGAGAGGCUGAGGUUCCGGCCAAGGGUAUUGAGGACACCAAGGCAGACUGUGCCGACAAGGACAAUGUGGUGACUGUCCAGAAAGAGACUGUCCCAGCUAAGCAGGAGGAGCCCGAGCUGCCGCUGAAGCCAAGCGGGCAGUCGGGGGAGCCGUGCCUGUUGAUGGAGCUCGGGCAGGACUCGGAGUCCCAGCCACCAUCCGCCGACAGUGAAAAGCAGCAGCACGGUCGUACAUAUGAUAGUGACUCUUCCAAUCAGUGUAUGGUGUCCCCCUCCUCCAGCGGCCACCUCGCGGACUCCGACACCCUCUCGUCUGUGGAGGAGAGCGAGACGGCCGGCACUGCACCGCCUGAGGACACCAUAGGGAUUGCUGGGAGCGGAGGAGGUGGGGGACCGCCGCCUGCCGGCAAGAAGUCUCGGCGGUCAAGGUCCGAGAGCGAGACUUCGGCCAUGGCUCCCAAGAAGAACCGCUCGUGCCCCGGGGACAAACCAAAUGGCCGGGUGUCCAAGGCCCGCACGCAGAAGCAGAAGGAGCGCAUGCGGCUGCUCAGGCAGAAGCGGGAGGCAGCCGCACGCAAGAAGUACACAUUACUGCAGGACAGCAGCACCAGCGACAGUGACCUGACCUGCGACUCCAGCACCAGCUCCUCCGAGGAUGAGGGCUCCGGAAACAGCAAGCGGACCAUUAGCACAGAGAUCCCAGAUGGGCCUCCAGUGGUUCCGCACUAUUAUAUAUCUGACACUAACUCGGAGCCCGAGGUACUGAAUGUGGACAAUCUUCUUGCAGCUGCUGGCGUCCAGGAAGCCUUCUCCUACGGGCAUCAGGAGUUCACGGUGAACACCGUGCAGAACCGAGGUCUGGUGGUGGAGAAAUGUGCCCCCGAAGGGCAGCUGGACGAGGACCUGAUGGCUGGCGAUGGUUUUGCAGAUUUCUCCGUCCCAGUGAAGGAGGAAAUCCAGAUCGCCUCCAGCGACAGCGAGGUCGAGAUUGUGGGAGUGCAGGAAGAUCCCAGACGUCCACAGAGCAGACCCGGCGUGAUUCAGACCUGUUCCACCUGGAACGCUACCUCCCACCCGUACUGUCUGAGCGCCAGGGAGCAGCCCCCCCCACAGCAACAGAUACACUCGUGGGCAGCCGUCACCCAGCCCCCCUGGACCGUGCCCCCCGAGGUGGUGGACCUGACCCGCGACGAAGACGCCAGACGUAGAUACCUGCUGUGAGAGCCACACCCCUCUUCCCCGCCCCCAACCCACCUCCGCCCCACCCCACCUUUCCUUNCCCCCCCCCCUUUGCUGUCUUCACUCAGCGAGGCGGGGGGAGAGCGUGUGUGACGAAGCCCCUGGGGG